AUGGGCAAUGGGAAAAUCACUGUGAAGGCGUGUGAAGGGGUUGAAGAAGGGAAGCUUUUGAGCGCAUUACUGAUCAGUGCUGCUUCUCGCAGCAGGAAGCUGUGCCGCCUGGGAGAGACGGAGAGAAGCUGUCAACAGCGCGGAGCCGGGAGGGAGGUUCGAAUUUCUGCAGAAAAAGUGCCCGGCACCGUAUUGCCAAAAAUACGUCCAGUCUUUGGGAGGGAUGCCCCUUUUGGAGCAGAAGCUGCAGAAACUGCUAGCUUGGAAGAGCAGUUGCAAGGAUGGGGAGAAGUGAUUUUGAUGACGGAUAAAGUUCUUCGCUGGGAGAGAGCCUGGUUUCCUCUGGCGCUGAUGAGUGUUGUUUCCUUUUCUUUUCUGAUGAUCUACUACUUGGACCCGUCAGUUCUUUCAGGCGUCUCCUGUUUCGUUAUGUUCCUCUGUUUGGCUGAUUAUCUUGUUCCUGCUCUUGCACCUAGAAUCUUUGGCUCUAAUAAAUGGACUACAGAACAGCAGCAAAGAUUUCAUGAGAUUUGCAGCAAUUUGGUAAAAUCUCGUCGCCGAAUUGUUGGCUGGUGGAAACGUCUCUUCACCCUGAAGGAAGAGAAGCCUAAAAUGUACUUCAUGACCAUGAUUUUUUCUCUUGCUGUGGUUGCCUGGAUUGGACAGCAAGUUCACAAUCUCUUUCUGACCUAUCUUAUUGUAAGUUUCUUGUUGCUGUUUCCUGGACUAAACCAGCAUGGGAUCAUUACAAAGUAUGUUGGAAUGGCGAAAAGGGAGAUAAACAAACUUCUCAAGCACAAGGAAAAGAAAAAUGAAUGAAGACUUAACUGCUGUUCACUCUUGUAAAAGAUUUCCCUGGGAACAGUUUUGAGAAUUAACGUAUAAUUAAGACAAUAGAAGUUGUAUUGCUCACUGGCUUUUUUUUUUAUUGGCUCCCUGAUGAAGUGAAAAAGUCACUCUAGCAACUGCUGUGGGUUUGUGUGUCUCUUGCUGUGCUGACUAGGGUUCUGCAGCUGAUCUUAUAUGAAAGAUCCUGACCUAGGUGUCUUCACCAAACUAAGAGGCCCUGUGAAUACAUGCCCCUACUCAAGAAACAGCAGAGUUGCAAUGCGUGAUAGCGUUUCUGUAACUGUGUGUUAGUUUCACUGAUCAUUAAUUUGUGGCUACAGCAAGUAUGAAAGGCAGUUCUGAAAGCUUGCACUUCUUGGAGGCUUGUUACUACUGAUCCUUGUGGAAGGAGGACAAUUAGCUGAAUAAGAAUGAUCAUAGCUGAGGGUGCAUGCCCAAAAUCGCUGCAGGUGGUGAUCCCAUUGUCUCACUGAAUCCGUUUGCUUUUUUUGGCUGCAUAUACCAGAUUAUCUGUUAAAUAGGGGUCUGGAAUAUAUAAAUUUGUAGUUCAGUUAUUUAGCUGUAGUGUAAACUUCAACUCGUUGCACUGAGACUGUAGAAAAUGAGUUAAGGUGUGUGUUACCUUAACAGCUGAUUGUUCUAAAAACUGCUGUUGUCAUGGAGCCAUGUAGCACGUUUGGUUUUAUGAAUGUUGUUUGUAUACAAAAUCACCUUGAAUAUGCUAGGUUGGUCUCUGUAAAUAAGCCUGUCUGAAUUGUUUGUGCUUUUCUAUGACCUCUCCCUCUUUUUUUUUUAAACUGAACUUUUUUCUUUAAAAAGCUAAAACCUGUGUUAAUGCAUUUUAAAAGUUUACUGUUUUAAAAUGAACUCUCUUCAGUGUCUAUUGUAACUGUUGAAUAGGUAAAUACAGACUAAAGAGAAACUUCUUUAAGUCUUGCUCUUUGUGAA